AUGUCCGAGUGUAUCCAGCCUUACAAGCUCUCGAUCCCACACUCCGAUCUUGAUGACCUACAAUUGCGGCUCCGUCUGGCCCGCUGGCCGGACAAGGAGAUAGUCACCGAUUGGUCCCAGGGCGUUCCCCUCGCCUCGAUCCAAGAACUGUGCGAGUACUGGCGAACACAAUACGAUUGGCGGCGCUGCGAAGCGCUGCUCAACUCAUAUCCCCAGUUCACUACAAUCAUUGACGAGGUGGAGAUCUAUUUCUUGCACAUCCGGUCAAAGCACGAAAAUGCUCUUCCCAUGCUCUUGACCCACGGCUGGCCUGGCUCGGUUCUAGAAUUCAGACAUGUCAUUGACAAGCUUGUAGACCCGGAGUCCCACGGCGGCUCCUCUGAGAAUGCCUUCCAUCUCGUAAUCCCAGCACUGCCUGGCUAUGCAUUUUCCGGCAAGCCAGCAGAGACAGGAUGGGACUAUCAGCGCACCGCACGUGCAUGGGCAGUAUUGAUGCAAAGGUUGGGAUACGUGGAGAGUGGAUGGGUCGCCCAGGGUGGCGAUUGGGGUGCCCAUGUUACCACAUUGCUAGGCCACCAAGCGGCCAAAGGUCUGAAGGGAGUACAUAUGAACUCCGUCUACUUCGAGCCGAAGAAAGAAGCACAACUCCCAUGCCAUGAUGGGAAGGGCGUAGAACGAGCCUCGUACUACGAUCGCAUUCGGGACAAAGGCCAUGGAGGCUACAAGCAUCAGCAAGAAACCAGGCCACAGACUCUCGGCUACGGACUUGCCGACUCCCCAGUCGGCCAAGCUGCCUGGAUCUACGAGAAGCUCAAAGACUGGUCCCAUCACGACGGCGACGUCGAGAAAGUAUUCAGCAAAGACGAGAUGCUCGACACGAUCAUGCUGUACUGGCUGUCCAACUCCGGAACGUCCUCCGCGCGGUUCUAUUGGGAGUGCGAAGUCGAUGCGACUGCUUGGAGGGUCGAUGUUCCGGUUGGCGUAAGUUGGUUCGGUGGCGAUAAUUGCUAUACUCCAAGGGAGUGGUGCGAGAGAUAUUACAAGAAUAUUGUGUACUGGAAUGAGACGGACAAAGGCGGCCAUUUCUCUGCGUGGGAGCAGCCGGAGCUCUUUGUCGGGGAAAUGCGCGAGUGGAGAAAGACGAUCAGGUGA